AUGGCGUGCAAGAAGCGAUAUAUCCUGGCAGCGAAUAUCGCUGAGACUGACGGCAUUGACAUAGAGCUUGCCCGAUUCGUAGAGGUACGCUCAGACGAGCCCGGAGCUGAAACCCAUUCAGCCAAGAACCGUGAGCCGGACGAACUAGACGUGUCCAAGCGGAGCUCUACUGACACAAAUGACAGUGAAGACGAUUCCAAGCGUAGUUCCAGUGACGAGAGUGACGAAGAGGAGGAUAUCGAGUCCUGUGCAAACAACUUAAUCUCAGGAUCAACUGGUAUCGACACUCAAGAUAAUCAACAGGCCAUUUCGAGGACAAAGGAGAAUCGACAGAGCAGCUCACCCGUUAAAGAUAAACCGCAAGGUGCACAGGAGAGGUUGGUACCAACAAAGAAUCCACCAGAAACUCUCGAACGACCAGUUGAAGUGCAUCCGGAAUCAUCAAACGAUCGGAUGGAGCGUAUGGAAAAAGUUUUAGCAGACAUGAGUACGGCAAUAACACGAUUGCAUUCUUACGACUUGCCAUCGUCAUCGCGUUUUCGGACUGAAACAACGUGGAAUUUCCCACGCACAUCGAUCUGUACCGAAGCAACUCCAACAACUAUUCGUUGGGAUAAUAUCAAACCGUUCCCUUGUGGUGUUCCCGCAAAUAAAAUGUGGGAGGAGUGGAACCGAUAUAUUGACAAUUUUGAGAUUGCCGCCUCCUUGAGCAACGCCAACGACCCCUCCAGGAGGACGCAACUACUGUACCUGUCUAUGGGACCCGACUUGCAAGAGAUCGUUCGUGCAGCCAAAUUAUGCCCUCCAAGAUUGGAGGACGGAAAUUGCUACAAACUUUUCAUAACAAACAUAACCGAUUAUUUCCGCGCCAUGACAGAUACGGCGGCCGAACAUGAGGCGUUUUCGCGCAUGAAGCAGAAUGCUGGCGAGUCCGCAGUUGCUUUCCACGCACGCCUCAUGUGCAAGAUGAGAUUGUGCAAUUAUAGCCCUGAAGAUCAGGACCGUUUCGUGCGGGCACAGCUUCUGAAAGGGUUGAGGAACAAGGAAAUUGUUAAAAUAGCCAGAACGUAUGGACAUGAAGCGAACUUCAUAGUACAAGCUGCAACGCGCGACGAAGCAUAUGAAGCGGAAACUUCCACUGCAGAAGCAAAUAUAUUCGAAGUAACCAACCGAAACACCUCGACCCGAACCGCAAACCAUGAAUGCAACAGGAAGCGCAGGAGUUUGAGUGAACGUUAUAGUACAACACUCACGAAAAGUCGCCAGCAAAACUAUGGACAAGGUCGACGCUCUCGUUGUACGAAAUGUAAUUUGAUGAGUCACAGGCACGGCAUUUGUCCGGCUCUUCAGAAGAAUUGCAGCAAUUGUCAUAAGAGUGGUCACUUUGCGGCGGCAUGCCGGAAUAGACGCGUACGUGCUAUCCAAUUUAAGCAAGACGAUCUAGAGAGUGAACUUUCCGAGGUUGAGACACAGGAAGUAACUCAACAGGGUGUUAAUGUACUCUCUUUGGAUGACGUCUUGAUAGAAUGUAGUUUGGGAUCAUCGAGCUCGAUCCAGUUUUUAAUUGACUCUGGCGCUGACGUGAAUAUCGUUUGCGGACAGGAUUGGGAAUGCUUGAAGCGUGAGCUUAACUCAGGCAAAGCGAAGAUUAAGAUGGUUGAAAUGCCCAGCAGGGGGAUACACGCGUAUGGUUCUACAGACCCAAUGAUUGUCGAAUGCUCGUUCAAAGCCAAAAUAUCUGUAAUGAACGCUAUCAAACCAUCAGUUAAGGCUACGUUCUAUGUUAUAUGCAAAGGUCGUAGGUCGCUCUUAGGCCGUUCAACAGCGAAUGAUUUAAGAAUACUACAGGUUGGGUCAGGUGUCAAUAAUUUCGAAAUCUUAGAUGACAACAACGAGAACAACAAGUUUCCAAAAAUGCCUGGAGUCACGGUCAAGUUUAGUGUAAAUAAAGCGAUCGCCCCGGUAAAAAACGCGUACUAUAAUGUACCAGCUGCAUACAGGGAAGCAGCUCGACAAAGGCUACAUGAGAUGGAAUCGCGUGGAAUAAUCGAGAGAGUUACCUCGGCGCCCAGCUGGAUCAGCGGAAUGUCUGCUGUUCCGCAAGGAAAAAACGAUUUCAGGCUCGUGGUGAACAUGAGGGCUCCAAACAGAGCUAUUAAUCGAGAGUAUUUUCGUCUUCCGCUUGUCGAGGAAAUGAAGGUUAAACUCUAUGGAGCCAAGUUUUUCUCGAAACUUGAUCUCAGUAACGCGUUUCGCCACCUUGAACUUUCAAAGGAAUCUAGGGACUUAACAACAUUUUUAACGGAAGAUGGGAUGUACAGGUUUACCCGCCUGAUGUUCGGAGUGAACUGUGCUCCUGAGGCAUUUCAACGCGAGAUGAUGCGUAUAUUGAAGGACGUAGGCAAUAUCAUCGUCUACAUAGACGACAUUCUAAUAUUCGCACAGACACUGGAAGAGCUUCAUAAAUCUGUGGCAAAGGUGCUUAAAAUCCUGAAAGAAACUCUCAACACCGGGAAAUGUGAGUUCGACAAAACUAGAAUUAAGUUCCUAGGUCACGAGCUAGACGCUGAAGGUUUCCAUAUAGAGGACGAAAAGAUCAGCAGCAUCUGUAACUUUCGAGAACCAUCCACUCUUUCGGAGCUGAGAAGCUUUCUGGGACUGGCUUCGUUUGUCAGUCCAUACUUACAGAACUUUGCAAACAAUUCGAGCGCUCUGUGGGCCGCUACAACAUCAAAAACAUGGUCUUGGGGACAGAAAAAAAAGAAAGCAUUCAAUCUGAUUCGACAGCAAAUCGUAGAAUGCACAAUUGCCCUAGGUUAUUUUUCUGAGAAAGACAGAACGAUUCUUUAUACCGAUGCAUCACCGGUAGCCUUGGGAGCCGUAUUAAUACAAGAAAGUAACAAACACUCUCCACGAAUAAUCAGCUUCGCUUCAAAAACCUUGACUACGACUGAGCGGAAAUAUCCCCAGGAUCAGCGCGAAGCACUAAGUGCAGUAUGGGCCGUAGAACAUUUUUCAUUUUUUCUGCUCGGUAGGAAUUUCACUCUACGUACAGACGCGCAAGGCGUGGCGUUCAUUUUAAAUCGGUCUAGAGAAGAUUCGAAACGGGCACUAACCCGAGCCGACGGAUGGGCGCUUCGUUUGAGCCCGUAUAAUUACGAUGUAGAAUAUGUUCGUGGGAGAGACAAUAUUGCAGACUCCUCCUCAAGGCUGUACUGUGGCGAAGAUGCUCCAUUUGAUGAGGAUGCAAGCCCGUGGGAGAUCGCGCACCUACAGGCGAACAGAGUAGAAUUCCUCACAGAACAGGACAUCAGAGAGGCCACCGCAACUGACGAAAUGCUUCAAAACGUGUCGAAUGCUUUAUCUUCAGGAAACUGGUCUAAAGAUGUGAGAAGGUAUCAGGCGGUAGAGAAGGACUUGACAGUAGAAGAUGGCAUUUUAAUCAAGACAGGAUGUGCUGUGAUACCUAAAUCACUCCGAACAAAGGCUUUGGAAGUUGCUCAUAUAGGUCACCCUUCAACAGCCAAAAUGGAGAGCAUCGUAAGGCAGCGUAUAUGGUGGCCCGGAAUCUCGAAAGACGUAGAAAAAUGGGUUGAAGGAUGUAGAACGUGUGCCAUCAACGGAAAACCAGAAAAACGAACCCCGAUGGAACGAAUUUUUAUACCUAAAACUGUUUGGGAAACAAUAGCCAUGGACUUUAAUGGUCCUUACGUCAAGUUCGGUGGUAUUUUAAUCCUAGUAAUUGUGGAUUAUCGGUCUAGGUACGUUUUUGCCAGACCUGUGAAGUCUACCAGUUUCGAGUAUACCAGGAAGGUACUUGAGGAGAUUUUCGAGAAAGAAGGUUAUCCUAAGUGCAUAAAAACCGAUAAUGGACCACCAUUCAGUGGGGACGAUUAUAAAACUUUCUGCGCCCAGCGAGGAAUCAACACGAUCUACUCUACUCCUUUAUUCCCGCAACAAAACGGGUUGGUAGAAUCGUGUAUGAAAAUUAUCAAUAAAGCAAUGAUAGCAGCAUCAAUCGAAAAUACGAACUACAUAAAAGAAUUACAACGAGCAAUCAAUGCGUAUAACGCUGCGGUGCAUAGCGUAACUAAGGUGCCACCGGAGGAAAUCAUGCUUGGUCGAAGAGUAAAACGUAGUCUUCCUCUUCUACGGCACAGAAAAGCAUCGUUUGACGAAGAUAUUUUGGAGAAAUCUGACCGGGAAUCAAAGCUUUCGAGUAAACUUCGCGAAGACGCCAGACGUGGCGCACGAAAAUGCAAGGUAAAGCCCGAAGAUAUGGUCAUUAUUGAGCGACACACACGUGCAAAAGGCGAUUCUCGUUUCAAUCCAAUACAUUAUAAAGUGAUGGAUGAAAAAAACGGCAACUUAACUCUGAACGAUGAUGACGGACAUGUGUUAAAACGGCAUGUCUCCCAGACUAGAAAGAUAUCCGUUUGGCGCAGCAGCAGCAAAUCCGAAGACACCGGUCAACCUCGCCAGACUUUCACAGAACCGGUCAAGAUCACAGACAUGACAGAGACCGCAACGACAUCGCGAGCGCUCCGUAAGAGAAAGGCUCCUUCAUAUAUGAAUUAG